AAGUACUUAAAAGCAGAUCGGCGGCAUAUGCUACUUCCGAACGUUGAUCCCUUCUUGCAUUCGCUCUGACAGAGUCUCGACUGAACAAAAAGCAUUACAUACAUUACGAUGUCUGCAUCCGAACUUCUACGCCAAUCGAUGCAAAAUCUAAGGGUUGUUGAAACGAAGUCAACCCUACCGCCCCUUGUACCCUUCAGAUUCACGGUUCGCCCACACAAGCUCAAGCUCUCCUACCCGCCCAGACAACGUUACAAACAAAACUAUGGCUUUUGGCUUAGCGACGAGUGGCUCGCUGAACUCGGAAAGAACAUCCGCCUUCCUGAGGAUUCUUAUGAUCCUCCCACUCAAAAAGAUUUCUGGAAGAGAGGCUUCGCGCAUAUCCGUGGAUGCGUCGACAUUGACCCUUUGACAAUUGAAAACUGUUUUCAGCCCCAGACAAAUGGCGCGCCUACCGAGUACUUGGAUGUCGAUGGAGAGGUGGUCGUCUUAUCUGUGUGCUCUGAUGAUGAGGACGAAAUCCCAGUCAUCCCUUGGCAGGAGGAGGUAGAUUAUUUGGCGAACAUUCUGGGUAGACCGCCGCAGUGGUGGGUCAAUAUCUAUCCGCGUAAUGAUUGGGAGUGAGCGUAGAAAUAUUUUGAUACCGAGUCUCCGCCGUCCGGCGUUGCAACGUUGAAUACUUAACUUGCACAUCGCAUUUAUAACCACUACGCUGUUCAAGCUCAAGUUACAUCUUCGUGGUAGACUACCGCAGUGGUGGGUCAAUAUUUCAAUAUCUAGCCCCGCAACCUUCCCAAGGUCGAGUUUGGAUAUAAUUCAAAUUCCCACACACGUUGAUGCCAACCACAAUAUUUCACUAUAUAUAAUCACAUGUUACAGUACAC